AUGACUGAUACAUCGAAGGGAUCAACCGAUAUCAACACCGGAAGUUGGAGCAUGUGCUUCAGCGUCACGAAGGGUUGUUCCCUCUCGGAACAAGGAUACACAGACAAUUUACCUCUCGAGCUAGAAGGCUCGUCAGGUAAGCAAGGUAUAGGCUACGAUCGAUACGAAUUGUUCGACGGUAUGUUCAUCCGGAUUGGAGAUAUAGCCUCUUUCAGAUAUACCCAAGAUGGUCAACCCGAUAUCGAAGGUAUUGUACCAAUUAUAGAAAGGCUUGAGGAAGCCUCCAGGAGAUUUUCAAUUGGAGAGAAUGAGAUCUUGGUCACUAUGAAGCCCCAUCCAUUUGAUGUGCAAUCGUCUUUGCCUGAUUAUCAGCCUAAAGGGACUAUACUACCUUUCAGCAUCGGUGUGAGAGAUACCAGGGCUGAUGAUGAGACGACUGGUACUGAGAAUGCAGAAGAGGAAGAAGGUAGUAACUGCACCAUCCUCUGA